CGCCCGCGCCGGGAUGGUGCCGCCGGCCGAGACGGGGCUGGCGGCCGUGGAGGCGGCGGAGGGCACGGCCGUGCUGCUGCUGGCGCCGCGGCAGGCGCUGACCUUCACCGGCAAGUGCCGCCUGCGCUGCCUGUACGGCGCCGUCCGCCUGCUGGGCUUCGCCGUGGCCUCGCACCACCCGGGCCUGCCGGUGUUCUCGCCGGCCACGCACUGCGCGCUCAGCCUGGAGGCGCUGCCCGGCGCGCGCCCGCCCGCCGCCCUCCGCCAGCUGCGCGCGGCCGCCCGCGCCGCCAUGCGCGCGCACCGCGUCCGCCGUCAGGCGCGGGUGAAGGUGAUGGCGCGGUUCUCGGCCGACUGCGCCGUGGUGCUGCUGGAGCACCUGGACACGCCGGUGACGCGGUUCCUGCUGAGCCACCCGCCGCUGUCGCGGCUCUUCGAGCCCCAGAAAAAGGAGGAAUCCAGCUUCACCCCGGAGGACGCGGUCCUGGCGUCCGUGGGCAUCGUGAAGUGCAGCCCCGACCGCGGGUUGCUGGUGUCGGAGAGCAUGUACCUGGCGCUGGAGGAACUUAUCCAGGCCUGCUGUGCGGAAGAUGAAGGUAUCCCUGUGGUGCUGGUAUGUGGCCCAAAAAACACUGGAAAAUCGACAUUCAACAGAUACCUAAUUAACCUAUUACUGAAUCGCCUCCCUGCAGUCGAGUACAUGGAGUGUGACAUAGGCCAGCCGGAAUUCACCCCGCCCGGGUGUGUGUCCCUGAGCAGCAUCACGGAGCCCGUGCUGGGUCCCCCCUUCACUCACCAGCAGACGCCCCGUAAGAUGGUGUAUUAUGGCCAGACCAGCUGUGAGCAAGACACCGAGAGGUACCUUGAUGUCAUGAAGUACGUGUUCAGCUGCUACAAGAAGGAAGUGCCUCUAAUUAUCAACACCAUGGGCUGGGUGAAAGGCGAGGGGCUGCUGCUGCUCAUCGAUAUCAUCCGGCUGCUGUCUCCCAGCCACAUUGUUCAGAUGGACGUGUGCGACUGGAAGGCGAUGGCCCCGCUCACCCCUGAGCACAUCCACCUCCGGGCCGGGCUGCACACCAAGGGCAAGCAGCAGCCUAAGUGCAAACAGCUGGAUGUGGGUGCUGCAGAGAGCUGGAAGUGCUCCGAAGGGGAGGAUGCAUCAGUUCCACAGUACAAGUUGCUGUAUGUCCAUCCAGAAUUCCCUCGGGCCGGAGUGGCAGGUGAAGCGCGAGUGCACAGCGGGAUCCUGCGUGACAUGUCCAUCCUGGGGUACCUGGGGCACCUGCAGUACCCGGACAUCGGGGCGGUGCUCCCGCUGCACAGCCUGGUGCCAUAUCAGGUACCUUUCAGUGCUGUGGCACUCAGGGUUAUUCACACAGAUGUUGCUCCCACCAACAUCAUGUAUGCAGUGAACGCCAGCUGGGUUGGGCUCUGCUGCAUUCCAGAUGAAGUCAGGUGCCAGAGCGACGGGCCGGUCCUGCUGACACAGACACCAGUCUGCGACUGCCUGGGCUUCGGAAUUGUUCGAGGAGUUGAUAUGGAGAAGAAGCUUUACCAUAUCCUGACACCGGUGCCUCCAGAGAACCUGAGACUAGUGAAUUGUCUCCUCCUUGGGAACAUUGCUAUCCCCAACUGCGUGCUUGUGGGCCAGCAAGGAAUUGAGGGAGAGAUCCCAUAUGUCACAUCCGAUUACAACUACAGCAUCCUGGGCGCUGGGAAGCUGAGGAAGAAGAAGCAUUUCAAGAGGAAGGAGUUCACCUUCGAGUGUGAUUACACCUGAAUCCUUGGGGCCCUUGGACCAAGUGUUGUUUGUGUGGACUGGGUAGAGAGCCCAUUGUGGUCACAGGAGCCCUGGGUGCUGCAGAGGCCCUGGGCAGGUGGCCGGGUAGAUGCCACAGCAGGUCUGGCUUUAAUAAUGUUUUGUAUGUUCGGUUUCUAUUUCAGUGUUUUAUAAUAAAUAUCUGCGGAAAGC